AUGGUGAUACAUUUAGACAUACAUUUGAUUGCCCUGCAUGAUGAUUUUAAAUUCAGAUUUGAAGAUAUUCUGUCGAUGAAAAUACCACCAUGGAUCAUAAAUCCAUUUGAUGAAACGGAAGUGGAGAAUGUGAUAUUACAAGAGGAGCUACUCGAGCUUAGUACUAAUGAGGAGCUGAAAGUGAAAUUUAAAAGAGGGUAUCAAAAAUUUUGGCUGCAGGCAGAAAUACCCGAAAAAUAUCCUGGACUGUGUGGAAUUGUGCAAAAGUUUAAUAGCGUUUCCCUCGUCAUAUCUCGUCGAAAAAAGUUUUAG